AUGACUGCGAGUACAGGCUUCAAAUGCACUCCAAACCCUAUCCUUAUGGUGAUGCUGCAUACACAACCAUUGAACACCACAAAGUACCGCAUUGUAUCGACGGUUUCUGCGCUUGUAGUGGGAGCAGUAGAACUGCCUUCAUCACUGAUGGCCACCGAAGUACUUGGAGGAGUAGAAAUCACAUGGAAGCACAAUCCCAAGCCGGAGCGUGUUUAUACGUUCUACAUAACCCUUCAUGAACGAUUUCGACCACCUAUAGAGUUCAAAGAUCCGAACGCUUUUCGAUAUCGGAUCGCCGAUGAUGGAGAACGGGAAUUGAGUGGAACAAAGGGCCAAGUGAAUUACACGUACACAUUUGACUACGAUCUGCAAAGACUUGAGGAGUACAAAGUGACAUUGUUUGCUGAGGACGACCAUUACUGCCAUACAGACGAUGCUACCACCUACUUCAACACAUCUGCCAUCGAAACGAUGUUGCCACCUCGAGCCAUCCCGAAGACGUCCUUUUCGUCAUUGGAGCGUUUUAUGGAGGGUCAAUACACUCCUCACAAGUUCAACAGCACUGCAGAUAUCCACUCGCGACCGGACUAG